AUGUUGUCCCUACGCGCAUCCCGACUCCUCUCUGGAAGACAGUUCACCACCCGCUCAAGAUUUACCGCAACAAGAUUCGCACCCACUGCUGCAGCAUCGCAGUCAAGACGACAGAUCAACACAACCUCCGCGUUCGGCAAUGCGCUCCUCCGAGGACGACAAAGUGCUCUGACAGCUUCUCUUCAGUCACUACGGAUCGGUGGCUCCGUGACAAUAGCAAGAGAUCAGGUGCGAGGCAUGAAGGUGCGAAGCAGUGUCAAGAAGCUGUGCGACGGGUGCAAGAGUGUCAGGAGAAAGGGCGGCAAAUACGUCUACAUCAUUUGCAGUAAGAACCCAAAACACAAGCAGAGGCAAGGAUGA